AUGGAUUCGUGUUGUGCCACCACCAUUAAAGCUAGGGUGCUGCCAGCUCCAAUCAAUGGGGGUUUAAGAAAGUGCGACACUGGCUUUUGGGGAAAAAGAAUUAGGGGAGGUUUAAACGACGACGUUUUUGGAGCCAGGCUCGCGAAGAAGCUUAGCGGAAUAAGGGUAAAAAAUAUGAGGCCGGGAGCUGCAUUCUCUGUUCUUACGCGUGAUAUAAACAAAGAAAUGGCGGCGGCGAUUGAAUCUUCAUAUGCAGAAGAGAGCCCAAAGGCCGAUCCAUCGACUGUGGCCUCAAUAAUUUUGGGCGGAGGUGCCGGCACUCGUCUUUUCCCUCUUACUAGCAAAAGAGCAAAACCAGCUGUUCCAAUUGGUGGUUGCUAUAGGCUAAUUGAUGUGCCUAUGAGCAACUGCAUCAAUAGUGGGAUUAGAAAGAUUUUUAUCUUAACACAGUUUAAUUCUUUCUCCCUCAAUCGGCACCUUGCUCGGACUUAUAAUUUCGGAAAUGGUGUGAGCUUUGGAGAUGGUUUUGUGGAGGUUCUAGCUGCCACUCAGACUUCAGGGGAAGCAGGAAAAAGAUGGUUUCAAGGGACAGCCGAUGCUGUUCGGCAAUUUAUAUGGGAUGCAAAAAAUAAAAAUGUCGAGCAUAUAUUGAUUUUGUCGGGUGACCAUCUUUAUCGAAUGGACUACAUGGACUUUGUCCAGAAACAUCUUGAUACAAAUGCAGAUAUUACUGUUUCUUGUGUGCCCAUGGAUGAUAGUCGAGCCUCAGAUUAUGGGCUAAUGAAAAUUGACGAAACUGGCCGAAUCAUUCAUUUCUCAGAGAAACCAAAGGGUUCUGCUCUGAAGUCUAUGCAAGUCGACACCUCUAUUUUGGGACUAUCUAAUCAAGAAGCUGCACAAUUUCCAUACAUUGCAUCAAUGGGAGUGUACGUAUUUAGGACGGAUGUUCUAUUAAAACUUCUGAAGUCGACUUAUCCCUCAUGCAAUGACUUCGGAUCCGAGAUUAUUCCUUCGGCUGUGAAGGAUCAUAAUGUUCAGAUAGUGAAUGCAAUAAUUUCACAUGGUUGCUUCUUGCGAGAAUGUAGUGUCGAGCACUCUAUUGUAGGUGUAAGAUCACGAUUGGACUAUGGUGUGGAGCUUAAGGAUACCCUGAUGAUGGGUGCUGACAAUUAUCAAACAGAAUCUGAAAUUGCAUCUGCUUUGGCAGAAGGAAAAGUUCCCAUUGGUGUUGGUCAAAAUACCAAAAUCAGUAAUUGUAUAAUAGACAAGAAUGCAAAGAUCGGAAAAGAUGUGAUCAUCGCAAACAAAGAUUGUGUCGAGGAAGCUGACAGAGCUGAAGAGGGAUUUUACAUUCGAUCUGGGAUUACAGUCAUAAUGAAGAACUCCACCAUUAAAGAUGGAACUAUCAUAUGA